AACAAAACAACAUUAAGCACAGAUUAACUGAUCGCUUUUUGAUACUGUGGUGUCGUUGAUUUUUCAUUUUUGAAUUGACUGUUUACGGUAUAUGAAUGAAUAAAUUUAUUUUGGUCGCUAUUGUGCAUCAAGCAUCAUCGAAUCGACAUACAUAAACCGUAUGGUUAGUGAAGAAAAAUGUGUACUGCGUGAUAUAAUCAUAGAAACGGGAUACCGAAUAAAAGUGAUUUGUUUACAGCAUUCCCAAGUGAUUUUGUUCAUUUUUUUACAAUUUUCUAACUUUUUCCCUUUAGAAUAUUUAAUAAAUCAAGUAUUUAUUGUUUGUAAAAAGUGUUUCAAUCAUAGCCCAAAAAUAUAAGUUUUCUGUGAAUGAAUUAUUACCGAAAUUAAAAUAAUUACCAGAAUAGUAAUAAAUAAAUUCCAAAAUAACGAAACGAAAUUUAAAUAAUCGUUCAAGUGAUAAAUUGUGACUAAACUACUGUAGAGAAUGUCAUCACAAGAUCCAGAUGUUGACAUAAAUGUCGUUUCUAGUCCAGAACAUUCACCACAAGCAGAAUAUAAUACAACAAGGAUAAAAUAUCAAUCGGCUACAUCAGCAGCACCAACAACAAUCACAAAUCAUGUUAUGAUAAAUACUGUCUCCGAUUCAUCACGCUUAAGUCCAGCUGAAAUGCCCGCGGAUAAUAGUAAAUCGUCGGGAAAUUCAGGAUACACAAGUUUUACCAUAUCAAAUAUUUUGAGUCGAACUGAUCCAAAAAAAGAAUCCAUUACAUCAACCACAAAUUUACCAUUUAUCGAUGCAAAUGGUGCCACGGUUCACGAUGCUGCGAUGCUCUCAAGAUUGGGUUUCAUAUCUCGUUGGGGUGCACUUGCGGGAAGAUAUGCAGCACUCUGUCCACCGGGUUGGCCUUGGACUCAUCAUAGAAUGCCAUUUCACAGCCCAACUCAUGAUAGUUCAUCAACAAAUACAACAGAUAACGCAUCACCGUCGGCUAGUCCACCUUCAUCGAUAGUAAAACCAUCUCCGGUUCAUCAUUCGUCAUAUCUGAAUACAACAAAUGAUGAGUCGGAUGAUGAUGAAAAUGAAAUAAUUGACGAUGAUAUGUCUGAUAAUGUGGAAAGACCUUCUGACAGCAAUUCACCUCAUCCGAACGGGUCAACGCAGAAUAAACGUAAAAAGAAAACCAGAACCGUAUUUUCUCGGGCACAAGUCUUUCAAUUGGAGUCAACGUUCGAUCUGAAGCGGUAUCUGAGUUCAUCAGAGCGUGCUGGCUUGGCAGCAUCAUUGCGGUUGACCGAAACACAAGUAAAAAUAUGGUUUCAAAACCGACGGAACAAAUGGAAACGCCAAAUAGCUGCUGAGCUAGAGGCAGCCAAUAUGGCAAAUAUGGCGCAUGCGGCUCAACGAUUAGUUCGUGUUCCAGUAUUGUAUCAUGAAGGAAGUACGAAUGGUUUUGUAGCACCGCCACCUCCGCUUUCUAGUUCAGCAUCUUUUUACUACCCACGAAACGGGAGCCCACCGAGACCGACGAUGUCAUCAUUGGUGUAACUGAAUGAAUAAAUCGUCGAAUUUAUUUUUAAUAGAUUCGCUACUAAAACGAUGUGCACUAACACCUGACAUACAAGCACCUUUUUAAUUCUUGUUUCUCUCCUCUUACAUACACACGUUAAACUUCUCAGUUUAGUUCAAAUGGUAUGUCAUAGAAAAUAUCGAGCUAAAUUAUGAAAGCGUACUA